GUGUGUGCGUGCGUGUGCGUGUGUGUGUGUGUGUGUGUGUGUGUGUGUUAGAACUGAUUGAAGUUCAUUGUGUCAGUGUGAAUUUGUCACUGAUCUGGAACAGAUUGACAGAUUAGAGCUCAGGUUAAUCCUGUGUGUGUGUGUGUGUGUGUGUGUGUGAGAGAGAGAGAGAGAGAGAGAGCUGCUGGAUGUCAUAUUUCAUUUCAUUUCAUUUCACUGUUUCUGAAAUACAUGCAUGUGUCACAUCUAAAGGAAGGAGCUCCAGUAUUGGCUUUAAUAAGACUGUUAACCGAAUGGUUUGGCGUUUUAGCAUGUCCGUGCUGUCGCUCCUGCGCUCUCCGCGGCUGUCCUUCCUCCAGACGCUGCUGGCGCUGCUGCUGUCGCUGCUGUCGCUCUCGUCCUCGCACUGGUGCGUCGGCCGGCAGAAGAUGCCCAAGCCGCUGUGUUCGCCCGUCCGCCGGCUCAAGUGCACUCCGGUGCCCGGCAUGACGGACGGAUCCUUCUCCUGGGAGACGGGCGACGAUCGCUUCAUCUUCCCCUCCUUCCACGCGGGACUCUGGACCGUCUGCGACGAGAACAUCUACACCGACGCCUGGGAGGAGAAGUGUCGCAGUUUCAUGGCCCUCACACCUGCAGCAGAGAAAGGGAUGGUGUGGCUGUACGUGGGGAUGGAGCUGCUGUACGUGGGUCUGUUGUGCGUCAGCUCUCUGCUCCUGUUGCUGCAGUUGUGUUUGUCGUCCUGGUGUCCUCCACAGCAGCGCUGCGCUCACUUACUGAACGCCUUCGCCGCCGUCUGCACGGUCCUCGCAGGGCUGGUUGGGAUGGUCGCUCACAUGAUGUAUAUGCAGGUGUUCCAGGUGACGAUCUCUAACGGCCCGGAAGACUUUAGACCUCACAGUUACGGCUACUCAUGGGCCUUUUACGUGGCGUGGGUGGCCUUCAGCUGCUGCAUGUCGUCCGGCGUGUUGACGCUCAACAACUACACCAAGAAGUUUAUGAUGCUGGGACCCAAAAACAGGAGUGUGUUUUACCCCUGCAGAAACUUCACCUUCCCUCCGCAGCCGCCGUCGCUCUCGCCGCUGUCGCCGUACUUCGGUCCACCGCUCCCGCCGCCUCCCGCCUGCCCCGCCCCUCGCUCACCAUGCCCCGCCCUCGCUCGCCACACCCCGCCCCUCUCUUACAACACCCUGCCCAUCGUUCACCUGGCCCCGCCCCUCUCUCAUCAUGCCCCGCCCCUCGCUCGCCACACCCGCCCCUCUCUUACAACACCCUGCCCCUCUUUCACCAUGCCCCGCCCCUCCCCCGCCAUGCCCCGCCCAUCUUUCACCCUGCCCCACCCCUCUAUUACAACGCCCAGCCCAUUUUCACCUGCCCCACCCCUCUAUUACAACGCCCUGCCCAUCUUUCACCUGGCCCCACCCCUCUAUUACAACGCCCUGCCCAUCUAUCACCUGGCCCCGCCCCUCAGUGGCCAUGCCCCGCCCCUCUCUCGCCGUCUCAGUGUUCGGACGAGGAGUUCAGCCCGCUCUGAUCUGUUCAUCUAUCCAUAUAUACUGUGUUUCUGUUUCUAUGUACUCAACAUUCUUUAAUGACAAACUGAACACCGACUCUUCGUGAAAAUAUCAAUGUAUUUCAGUGUUUUUUCUUGUGAUGUUACGACUGUUUUGCCCUUUGAAAUGUUCACACUGUCAGUGAGGAAGAAAUUCCACUUCAUUCUGUAAAUAAACAAUAAAUGUGUGCUUUAUUGA